CUCAGUUUACUUAAAAGGAGAGUAACUUCAAGAAGGUUAUAUCCAUGGUUUACUGCUAACUCCAGCCAUGGGCCUUUGGGGCACACUUUGUUUUUUAAUCUUCCUGGGUAAAAGUUGGGGACAGGAGCAAACGUAUGUCAUUUCGGCACCAAAAAUGUUUCGUGUUGGAGCAUCUGAAAAUAUUGUAAUUCAAGCUUAUGGAUAUACCGAAGAAUUUGAUGCAACAAUCUCUAUUAAAAGUUAUCCUGAUAAAAAAUUUAGUUACUCCUCAGGCCAUGUUACUUUAUCCUCAGAAAAUAAAUUCCAGAACUCUGCAACCUUAACAAUACGACCCAAACAAUUGUCUGGAGGACAAAAGCCAGUUUCACAUGUGUAUUUGGAAGUUGUAUCGAAGCAUUUUUCAAGAUCAAAAAAAGUGCCAAUAACCGAUGAGAAUGGAUAUCUCUUCAUUCAUACAGACAAACCUGUUUACACUCCAGAACAGUCAGUAAAGGUUAGAGUUUACUCACUGAAUGAUGACUUGAAGCCAGCCAAAAGAGAAACUGUCUUAACGUACAUAGAUCCCGAAGGAUCAGAAGUGGACAUUGUAGAAGAAAACGAUUAUACUGGAAUCAUCUCUUUUCCUGACUUCAAGAUUCCAACUAAUCCUAAAUAUGGUGUGUGGACAAUCCGAGCUAAAUAUAAAGAGGACUUUUCAACAACUGGAGUGGCAUAUUUUGAAAUCAAAGAAUAUGUGAUGCCACAUUUUUCAGUCUCAAUAGAACCAGAAAAGAAUUUCAUUAGCUAUAAGGACUUUAAUGAUUUUGAAAUUACAAUAAAAGCAAGAUAUUUUUAUAAUAAAGUUGUCACCGAAGCUGACGUUUUUAUCACUUUUGGAAUAAGAGACAACUUAAUAGAUGAUCAAAAAGAAAUGAUGCAAAAAGCAUUGCAAAACAAAAUGUUGAUAAAUGGAGUUGCUCAAAUCACAUUUAACUCUGAAACGGCGAUCAAAGAACUGUCCUAUGGCAGUCUGGAAGAUUUAAACAACAAGUAUCUUUACAUUGGUGUAACAGUCAUAGAGUCAGCAGGUGGAUUUUCUGAAGAGGCUGAAAUUCCUGGCAUCAGAUAUGUCCUCUCUCCCUACAAACUGAAUUUGGUUGCUACUCCUCUUUUCUUGAAGCCUGGGAUUCCAUAUUCUAUCAAGGUGCAGGUUAAGGAUUCCCUGGACCAGUUGGUAGGAGGGGUCCCGGUGACCCUGAGUGCACACACCUUUGAUGUAAACCAAGAGAUGUCUGACUUGGAGCCAAGGAAAGAAGUAACACGUUCCAGUAAUGGAGUAGCAUCAUUUGUGCUUAAUCUUCCAUCUGGAGCAACGGUGCUCGAGUUUAACGUCAGGACUGAUGACCCAGAUCUUCCUGAAGAAAAUCAGGCCAGCAGAGAUUACCAAGCAGUAUCAUAUUCAUCUCUUAGCCAAAGUUACCUUUAUAUUGACUGGAUUGACAACUAUAAAGCUUUGCAAGUGGGAGGAUAUCUGAAUAUUAUUGUUACCCCCAGAAGUCCAUACAUUGACAAAAUAACUCACUAUAAUUACUUGAUUUUAUCCAAGGGCAAAAUUGUUCACUUUGGCACAAGGGAGAAACUUCUAGAUUCAACUUACCAAAAUGUAAACAUUCCAGUGACACAAGACAUGGUUCCUUCAGCCCGUCUCCUGGUCUAUUACAUUGUCACAGGAGAGCAGACAGCAGAGUUAGUGUCUGACUCCGUCUGGUUGAAUAUUGAAGAAAAGUGUGGCAACCAACUCCAGGUUCAUCUGUCUCCAAAAGCAAGUGCAUAUUCUCCAGGCCAACAUGUAUCUCUUGAUAUGGCAACAGAGUCAAAUUCCUGGGUGGCUCUAUCAGCAGUGGACCGUGCUAUAUAUGGAGUCCAAAGGGGAGCCAAGAAGCCUCUGGAAAGAGUGUUUCAAACCUUAGAGGCAAGCGACCUGGGCUGUGGAGCAGGUGGUGGCCAGAACAAUGCGGAUGUUUUCCGUUUGGCUGGACUCACCUUCCUCACCAAUGCAAAUGCAGAUGACACCCAAGAAAAUGAUAAGCCUUGUGAAGAAAUUAUCAGGCCAAAACGAAUGCUGCGAAAGAAAAUAGAAGAGGAAGCUGCGAAAUAUAAACAUAUCAUAUUGAAGAAAUGUUGCUAUGACGGAGCCCAUCUUAACUAUGAUGAGACCUGUGAGCGGCGCGCUGCUCGGAUUAAGAUAGGCCCCAAAUGCGUCAAGAUUUUCAAGGAAUGUUGUAUCAUCGCCAAUCAGAUCCGUGACAAAGAGUCUCACAAAGAUAUCCAGUUGGGAAGACUGCAUAUAAAGACCCUGUUACCAGUAACCAAGCCAGAAAUAAGGAGCUAUUUUCCAGAAAGCUGGUUAUGGGAAGUUCAUCAAGUCUCCAAAAGAAGCCAACUGCAAUUGGUGCUACCUGAUUCUCUAACUACCUGGGAAAUUCAAGGUGUUGGCAUUUCAGAUAGUGGUAUAUGUGUUCCUGAUACUCUCAAGGCACAGGUGUUCAAAGACGUCUUCCUGGAAAUGAGUAUACCAUAUUCUGUUGUACGAGGGGAGCAGAUCCAAUUGAAAGGAACUGUUUAUAACUAUAGAAUGUUUGAUAUACGGUUCUGUGUUAAAAUGUCUGCUGUGGAGGAAAUCUGUACAUCAGGAAGCCCAGCUAUCAACCACCAGGGCAGCAGUCCCUCCAGAUGUGUGUCCCAGAGAGUAGAAGGUUCCUCCAGUCAUCCGGUGACCUUCACCGUGCUUCCUCUGGAAGUUGGCCUCCACAACAUCAACUUUUCACUGGAGACUUCACUUGGAAAAGAAAUCUUAGUAAAAACAUUACGAGUGGUGCCAGAAGGUAUCAAAAAGGAAAGUUAUGCUGGUGUUACUCUGGACCCAAAGGGUAUUUAUGGUGUCAUUAGUCGACGAAAGGAGUUCCCAUACAGGGUACCAUUAGAUUUGGUCCCCAAAACAAAAGUCCAAAGGAUUGUGAGUAUAAAAGGACUGCUUAUAGGUGAGGUCGUAUCUGCCGUUCUGAGUCAGGAAGGCAUUAAUAUUCUUACCCACCUCCCCAAGGGGAAUGCAGAAGCAGAACUGAUGAGUGUUGUCCCUGUAUUCUAUGUUUUUCACUACCUGGAAGCAGGGAACAAUUGGGACAUUUUUUCUACUAAUUCAUUAGCUAAAAGAUGGAACCUGGAGAGAAAACUUAGAGAAGGAUUGGUGAGCAUCAUGUCCUACAGAAAUUCUGACUACUCUUACAGCAUGUGGAAGGGUGGAAGUGCUAGCACCUGGUUAACAGCUUUUGUUUUAAGAGUACUUGGACAAAUAAGUAAAUACGUAAAUCAGAACCAGAAUUCAAUUUGUAAUGGUUUAUUGUGGCUGGUGGAGAAUGCUCAACUAGAAAAUGGAUCUUUCAAGGAUAAUUCCGAGUAUCAGCCAAUAAAAUUACAGGGUACCUUGCCUAUUGAAGCCCGAGAGAAUGCCUUAUAUCUUACAGCCUUUACAGUGAUUGGAUUUAGAAAGGCUUUUGAUAUAUGCCCCACAGUGAAAAUCAGCGCGGCUCUCACUAAAGCUGAUUCCUUUCUGCUUGAAAAUGCCCUCUCGGCCCAGAGCACCUUUACACUGGCCAUUUCUGCUUAUGCUCUUUCCCUGGGAGACAAAAGUCACCCACGGUUUCAACCGAUUGUCGCAGCCCUGAAGAGGAAGGCUUUUGUUAAAGGUGAGCCAGUCAUUUAUCGUUUUUGGAAAGACGAUCUUCAGCAAGAUAGAUCUGCACCUAACUCUGGUACAGCACAUAUGGUAGAAACCACUGCCUAUGCUUUGCUCACCUUUCUGAGCUUGAAAGACCUAAAUUAUGUUAACCCGAUCAUCAAAUGGCUAUCUGAAGAGCAGAGGUAUGGAGGUGGCUUUUAUUCAACCCAGGAUACAAUUAAUGCCAUCGAGGGCCUGACAGAAUAUUCACUCAUGAUUAAACAACUUCGCUUGGACAUGGAUAUCAACCUUUCUUAUAAGCGUAAAGGUGACAUCCACCAUUAUAAGAUGACAGAGAGCAGUUUCCUUGGAAGGCCAAUAGAGGUGCCUCUCAAUGAUGACCUCGUAGUCAGUACUGGAUAUGGCAAUGGGCUGGCCACAGUGCAUGUAACAACUGUGGUUCAAAAAACCGGCACCUCUGAUGAAAUUUGCAGCUUUCAUUUGAAAAUUGAAACCCAAGACAUAGAAGCAUCCAGCUACAGAGGCUAUGGUGACUCGGAUUACAAGCGCAUCAUGGCCUGUGCCAGCUACAAGCCCAGCAAAGAAGAAUCAUCAUCUGGGUCUUCCCAUGCAGUGAUGGAUAUCUCUUUGCCUACCGGAAUCAGUGCAAACGCAGAAGACUUAAGAGUUCUUGUGGAAGGGGUAGAUCAGCUACUAACUGAUUAUCAAAUCAAAGAUGGACAUAUUAUUCUGCAACUGAAUUCGAUUCCUUCCGAUGAGUUCCUUUGUGUUCGAUUCCGGAUAUUUGAACUUUUUCAAGUUGGGUUUCUGAGUCCUGCUACUUUCACGGUGUAUGAGUACCACAGACCAGAUAAACAAUGCACCAUGUUUUAUAGCCCAUCCCAUGCCAAUCUUCAGCAAGUCUGUGAAGGAGUAACGUGCAAAUGCGUAGAAGCUGACUGUGGACAAAUGCAGGCAGAAUUGGAUCUGACAAUCUCUCCAGAUACUAGAAAAGAAGCAGCAUGUAAACCAGACAUUGCCUAUGUUUAUAAAGUUCGUCUCACAUCUAUCACUGAAGAAAAUGUCUUCAUUAAAUACACUGCAACCCUCCUGGAUAUCUACAAAGCUGGUGAAGCUGUUGCAGAGAAGGACUCUGAAGUCACCUUCAUUAAAAAGGCCACGUGUACCAACGCUGAUCUGGAGAAAGGAAGACAGUAUUUAAUUAUGGGUAAAGAAGCCCUCCAGAUAAAAUACAAUUUCAGUUUCAGGUACAUCUACCCUUUAGAUUCCUCAACCUGGAUUGAAUAUUGGCCUACAAACACCACAUGCCCCAUGUGCUCAGCAUUUGUGGAGAAUUUGGAUAGGUUUGCUGAAGACAUCUUUUUAAAUGAAUGUGAAAACGCCUGAAGAGGUUUAACUAUGCACAGUUUUCACUGUGGACUCCUGUUGUUGAAGUGUCUUCCUUUCCUUUCUUUCUUUUUUUAAACAUUCACAGCUGGUCUUAUUUGGAAAGCUCGCUUUAUUUAGGAUUAGUGGCACUUGCUUUUAUUAAAGAACGAUUUUAAGAACUGUAA